AUGGAUGACAUCAAGGACCGUGGAGAAGCCAUACGAUGUGCAAGGUCAGAAGAUCAGACGCAUGAUAUGUUGGAUCAGGAACCACGACAAGGUCCGUCUGCGUCUAUCAGUCAGUCAGUCAAGGCUUCCGAAGAGAGUAGAGCAAGCACGAGCAUGAAAGCUUUAUCGUCUAUGCGGAUUGGUGUCCAUGUCGAGUCGAGUCGAACGGAAGAGCGCAGUAGUGAAAUGGUGACUGCGCGGGAGUGGUUAAAUCAAGUCAAUGGAAAAGCUGUGAAAAUGGUACUGUGA